AUGGAUUACGCGAAUCUGUCCACUCCACCCGUUUGCGUGGCGGAUUUCUGCCUCAUUCCCAUUGGAACUCCAACUGCUUCAGUUUCGAAUGAGGUUGCGGCUGUUCAGCGGCUUAUGAAGGCGAGCGGACUGCAGUAUUCGAUGCAUAGCGCUGGCACGACUGUUGAAGGAGAAUGGGAUGCAGUAAUGAAGCUUAUUGGCCAAGCCCACACCCUGGUCCACCAAAACGGCGUUAUUCGCAUCCAAAGCGACAUCCGAGUUGGCACAAGGUACUGCCGCAUUUCCACCCCGUCUCCUCCUCAUCUAACCUCGAGUAGAACCGACAAGAAGCAGCACUUCUCCGAGAAGGUAACGAAAGUUGAAAGCAUCCUUGCGGCCGAUGGGAAGGCGGAGGAAAAAGUCGUCGUAGUCCAGCCCGAGGAACCAAAGAAGGUGGAAGACGUGGUCAAGCCUGCUGCUGAAGCACCAAAGAAAGCCGAGGUGGUGAAAGAGUCUAAACCAGAGGAGCGUAGGCAACCAUUGACCCCGGCAACGAACCAGGGGACUUGGGCAAGCAUGUUCCGGAAGUGA